AUGGCCUCGAACGGCACGCAGGAGGCCUUUGCGCCUACGGACGUCUUAGGUGCCGUCAUGACGAUGCGAAGCGGGGAGCAGGAGGCAAAGAAGAAGGCGCACGAAUACUUGGAGGCGUUCCAGAAAUCGAAGGACUCGUGGGGAACAGUAAUUGGCAUUCUCCAGUCCAAGGCCGAACCCGAGGCGACACUCUUUGCCGCCAUCACACUUCGUGGAAAGAUCACCUAUGAUCUCAUCACGCAGGUGCCUCCGAACGAGCUGCCCGCACUUCGAAAUCAGAUUCUGCUCCUUCUGAAGCACUACGCCUCCGGACCAAAACCCAUCCGGGUCCAGCUAUGCGUGUGUCUGGCCAUUCUGGCGAUCCAAAUGAAGGAUUGGAACGAUGUGCUCCAUUCGGUUGUCCAGUCACUGAGCGACAGCCCCGAGAGCCAUGCUUGUAUCCUCGACUUUUUACGAGUCCUUCCCGAGGAGGUGACUGAAGGUCGAAAAAUUACCUUGUCUGAAGAAGACCUUGCAUUGCGGACGCAGGCAUUGCUGGGAGAUAAUGCAGACCAAGUCGUGCAGCUUCUCAUCAAUUAUUCGCAAUCUUCACCUGCCGCAUCUCAAAACCCACUCCUGAUGGAAUGCAUUACAUCCUGGCUUCGCGAAGUCUCCGUGGCCACCAUUGCCAAUUCACCGCUUCUGGAUGCGAUUUUCCAUGGGAUAGCAUCUGACGGGUGCAGUCAAGAGGCUGCAGAGUGUCUGAGCACGAUGUUAAGAGAGACGGGCGACGUCGACGAAUCCCAAGAUAUUAUCCAGACCUUGUUCCCUCGAAUUAUCAGUCUGACGCCGCGCAUUGCUACCCUCGUCGAAGAAGAGGAUACCGAAGGGCUGAAAUCUCUAACCAAGGUUCUAGCAACAGCAGCUGAAAGCUGGGUUGUAGCCAUUGCACGACAGCCAACUCAAUUCCGGCCCCUUGUUGACGCUGUCCUCGAAUGCGCCGCCCGAGACAAGGAUCGAGAGGUUAUCGAGCACACAUUCAACUUCUGGUAUGAACUGAAGCAGUAUUUGGUGCUGGAAAGAUAUAUUCAAGGUAGACUGGAGCUGGUCGACGUCUUCUCUAAGCUUGUGGAUAUUCUUCUAUUGCAUCUUCAAUACCCACGACCAGAGUCUGGAAGCGAAACGGAUCUGUUCGACGGAGACCGUGAGCAAGAAGAGAAAUUUCGCGAGUUCCGACACCAGAUGGGUGACACGCUCAAGGACUGCUGUGAAUUGUGGACGCAAAAAUACGCCAGCCAGGCCACUGAGGCAACAGUGCCGCAUUGGCAAGAGCUCGAGGCUCCGUUGUUCGCGAUGCGCGCCCUCGGCCGCAUGGUGGACAAGGAGGAGGAUGUUGUUCUCCCUCAGUUGAUGCCCCUUUUGGUGCAGAUGCCUAGCCACGAGAAGCUUCGCUUUGCCACCAUCAUGGUGCUUGGACGCUAUACGGAGUGGACGGCGGCUCACCCCGAGUACUUGGAGCCUCAGUUCAACUACAUUGUCAACUCAUUCCAGUCCGACUCGCGAGAAAUCAACCGCGCGGCGGCGCUAUCGCUCAAGUUCUUCUGCACCGACUGCAAGCAUCUCCUCAGCGGCCAAGUGUUGCAGCUUCAGACGUUCUACGACCAAGUUCUGGAUAAGCUCCCGGAUCUCAGCAAGGAAGAGGUCACUGAGGGCGUUUCCAAUGUCCUCGCUGUUCAGCCUGUUUCCGAGACCUAUCGCUUGCUCAAGACUUACUGCGAUCCUCUGGUCCAAAGGCUGAUGACAAAGGCAAACCAUGCGACCACAGACGAGGGUAAACUGGCCGUAGCAGAUCACCUACAGCUCAUCACCAUCUUUGUGCAGAAUGUGAUGCCACUCAUUAACCCUGGAGAGGAGAAUCCCGCAGUUAAGUACUGGCAGGAGAUCUUCCCUAUUCUGUCUACCGUUCUGGACAACUUCCUCACCUUCUCUCCUAUCUGCGAGAGAGUAUGUAGCGGCUUCAAUGUCUCUAGGGAGGGCUGUUUCCUAUGGGUCACGUCUGCCAUUCUGCGAGAGUUCUCCGAGGCACGGGAGCACGUGGAUCCAUCCAUCACCGAAAACAUCUACACGUUCUUUGAAGCGCAAAUGACGACGUUCUUAAGAGUCAUGACCGAGCUACAGCCCAAGGAGCUGCCGGACGUGAUUGACGACUUCUUCCGACUGCUUAUUGAUGCGCUGCUGUACUAUCCUCAGAAGCUGGUGCCGUCCCCACUCUUGGUGCCCAUCUUCGAGGCCUCCAUCUACGCCUUGACGCUGGAGCAGCGGGAUCCUCUUUCUUCCACGCUUCACUUCUUGAGGGAUCUGCUGUCAUACGGUGGCGACAACCCGGCCACCAGUGAGGGGCUACCGGAAGCAACCGCGGCUGAAAUCAGGACUAUAGUUAAGGGCCUCCUCGCCAGCCACGGUGAAAACCUGGUCAAGCAGUGCAUGGCCGGCAUGAUGAUUACCUUCCCAAGGGACUGCUUCGCGGACGGUAGUGGCGUUUUGCUCAGUCUUUUCGAGCUUUUGCCCGUGGAGACGACGGAAUGGGUCUCGCGCACUAUCCAGUUACUGCCUCCAGGCACUGUAUCUCCGGAAGAAGCAAACAGACUGAUGGCCAAGAUCAAGGAGCGACUUGCGGUAAAUGAGGCCGGAGGUAUCCGACAUGUGAGGGUGCUACUACAAGACUUUACCAACACAUAUCGGCGCCGUAACGUUGCUCCUCGAGACGGCCUCGGACAGCUUGAGGCAACCAGAUUCCAGUUUGCCGGCUGA